UCAUUGUCGGCGUCUGGCACCACUAGUGUCAUUGGAUCCAUUAUUAUUAAAUUGUAAAACUAUUGAACGUGGAGGAAAAAUUGAAUUUCCAGGUGUUGAACGGCUACCAUGGCCAGCCGCAAGUCCCCACCUGAAUCCGUUAGAAAAUCUCUGGAAUAUAUUGAAAAUUAGAGUAUCAGAUAAGCAACCAAGAAAUUUAAAAUCAUUGAUUAAAACUAUUCAAGAGGCCUAA